CCUGUGAGCCAUGACACCUAGAGGGCCCUCAAUAAGAGGGUGGCACGUCAGGCCAGGCUAGAGCCUGGACCUGGGGUUUAGAAGGGGUUAUGGAGGGGCCAAAAACCCUGGGUCCCUGUGGCCACUCCCACCCCCAAUGCCCCCAACCAUCAGCUUCGAGCAGCCGUGCAGGAUGCCUGGAUCCACCCUGCCAAGGGUUUGUAAGAUGGCCCUGCCUGGUACCUCUCAGCUCCACUCUCUCAAUAGAGUCGGCCAGACCUUUCCCACCUCCGGGGGUAGGAGGCGGGGGGCCCAGGGUAGGGGCUGAGGUACCUGGGAGCUUUAUGGCAAAUGAAGAGGGAGAGAUGCAGCGACAGAGACCGAGAGACCCAACAGGGACAAAACGAGGGCAAGAGGAGGCAAGGCUGGGGUGGGGCUGGCCCCUGCACUCAGGACGAGAGCAAGGGGCCCCCAGGCCAGGGGGAUCCCCCAGCUCAGGGCCCAGACCCGGCCCUUGCCCACCCCUGCCAACAGGGGCAGGAACCCCGGCUUCACCCAGGGCAGCCCCCUCCCAGCUCCAGAACGUGCCCCUGGGUCCUGCAGAGCAGUCCUUCUUCCAGCUGGAGCAGGAAAACCAGAAUCUGAAAAGACAGAACCAGGAUCUGCGAGAGCAGCUGGGGGCCCUCCUGGGGCCAGGGCAGCAGUUUCUGCCCCUAUGCCCGGAGCACUCGAGCUGCACGACCCUGGCCUGGCAGUCCGUGACCACAGAUGCUGCCCAUGGCCUUGGGGCUGACCCAAGGGCUCUUCCACAGACCCCUGAGCAGACCAGUUCCCAGCCCCUGGAGGACAGGGCACCCUUGCAGCUGCUGCGGCAGGAGCUGUGCCGGGGGGAAGAGUCCUUCGUGCAGCAGUCUCAGAAUGAACUGCAGCAGAUCCGACUGUCCUUUGAGAGGAAGAAGAUGGCCAUUACCGAGGUAUGGGAUGGCGUGGCCGAGGUACAUAUGGCCCUGAACAACCAGGCCACUGGGCUCCUGAACCUUAAGAAGGACAUCCGGGGAGUACUAGACCAGAUGGAGGACAUUCAGCUGGAGAUUCUAGGUUCCACUACACCAGACCGAGAGGUGCUGCAGGCUGGGGUGGGGGACGUACAUGGCCCUGACUGUACAGCCCCCAUCCCCAGGGAGCGUGCCCAGUGCCGCACCCAGGCCAGGAAGGAGCAGCAGAUGGCAUGCAUAGCGAAGGCAAGGCCUCAGCUGGGAUGUUCCGAGGACCUCAAAAGCCAGCUCUGGCUGCUGGCCCUGAGGCUGCUGCUGGGCACCCUGCUGGCCUGUACCGCCGCCUACGUGUACGUGGUGGACCCCGCGCCCUUCGAGGGGCUGGUGCCUCCCCUGCUGAGCCGUGCCGCUGUCUGGAAGCUCCGGGCCCUGCUGGGCCCGUUCCUGCACCUGGAGGUGGACGACUUCCUGCCCUUCUAGGCCGGAGGCUCAGCAGCCACAGCGAGGAGGAGGCCAGGCGGCCGGCGCUGCCCCGGGUGCCCAGCGGCCGCGCCGGCGCCUG